AUGCUAUCGAUCGAACAAUUCAAUGAGAGAGCAUUCAAACAAGACGGAUUCUACAUUUGGUUUCUGGCACUUUUCCUUCUUAUCGUCAUUCUCAAUGUCUUUUCAAUGGUCUACUAUAUGUUCAAUCUCAUCAUAACGGUUCGAGUGAAAUACUACAGAACUAACCUACAAAUUCUUCAUCAGGUAAUAUAUGCCACAUGUCCAUUCAGUUCAAUAAUUCUGAUAAUCGAAAAAAGUUUCGAUAUCCUUGGAAAGAACCAAGUUUUUCUAUCGGAUAGUUCAAUUUUCGUGUACAAGCCAUACUUCCGAACUGCAAUCAUGUGUCCUCCUCUGUUUGCUCUUACUGCUAUCAUGCUUGAGAGAGUAUUCGCCACGUGGUUUAUAAAGGACUAUGAGCAGAAACAGAGACAUUCAGUUGCAUAUGGUAUCAUCUUCUUCAUGUUUCUCGUUUCCAUUUUAACAGCUUACAUCUUCAAUUCAACAAAUCUUAUAUUGAUCUAUGUCGCUGUUCAUCUUUUUCUCAAUGUCAUCUGCUACAUCGUAUCGAUUAUCACAUACAAAAUAAACCAAAAGUAUUACUAUGAUAACCGGGUGAAUAAACAGGAUUAUUCACUGGUGACCCGAUUCCAAAUUGCUGAAAAUAUCAAAGUCUAUAAAUUUUUCUCUCACUAUCUUUUUGUUCUGGCAUUUUUUCCAAUAACUUGUACUGCUUGCGCCCUCAUUAUCCAUUAUGAUUCAUCGCCUUUUCACCGGGAGAUUCUCUUUGUUAUCUUCGAUUUGAGCUUCACGCUACUUUGUAUUUUGGCACCUUACUUAAUUCUUAAAACCAGUGAACAGUGGCAAAAUGAUCUUGAACAAAUAUUGACGAAGGUAAAGAACUCGAUCAACGAACCAACCAAAGAUAGGUUUCAGAUCGGUAUAAAGAAGUCUACAAAAGUUCAAAUGGUCCAUGAGAGGUCAAAAACUUUGAAGAACACUUUUGGAGAGCAGAUGGAAUUCGAGACAAGUCAACACAGUGAUAUGUAUUUCGAUCACCUUCGCACAUCAUGGAAUCGAAAAUUGACUAAAGUCGUUCGGGUGUGA